UCAUCCAACAUAGAAAACCCUGCUUGACCUAUUUCCCUAGCACUUUUUGCUUGAAGAGGUUCUACAAAUUCUAUUUCCUAUUGUCCCGAGCUUGCUAGCUACUAAAGUUACGGGUUGCUCACCGUGCCCACACCUCAGCGCCCAUUUCGCUCACCUUGAGAUUUGGCUUGACCCCAAAAGAUAGGUAGCCCGCCACCAGCCCGCCUUCUUUCCCCACACCCGCGAGUCAAAAUAGAUUCUUGAAUACCGGAACGCCCACAGUUCAAUUCCCGACAACCACAUUCUCCAUCUCUUUUUCUGCCCAUGACGUGUAACACUUCACACCAUCAAGAUGAAGGACGGGCUCGAGGAAGUGGUCGAGCACAUUCUCCCGGACCUCGUUUUGUCGGGCGAGAAGGGUGAGUUUACCUGCGCGUUCCCCUCCCUUCUCCUGUUUCUCGUGCUGGCCAAGGGGUAUUUCAAUGGCGCAGACUCGGGAGCUAUGGCUGUGCCCGGUCAUUCCCAGGGCGGGCCAAAUCCGCCUCCUGGGGCAGUUACCCCGGCCCUCCUCAAUGAUGCCGAGAUGUCGUUUGCUCGAGCAGCAUGGACCUGGCUAGUAGCCCGUCCAGAGGUGCUUAUCGGCGGCAAUAAACGAUGGAAUCGUCUUGAGCUGGACGAAGUCCUUGCACUCCCUGAACCACAACCUGCUGAAGACGAAUCGGCCACCGCGGAUUCAGCACACACUCAGGUUCGGUCAAAAGGGCGGUUGUCUGCACCUGCUACGCCGCAGAAACAAGGCCGGAAGCCUAGAAAGGCUCUCGAAGUGCAGCCACGAAUCUACGUCACCGAAGAUGCCCUCUGGAAGAGACUAACCCGCCAUGGCGUUGAUUAUAAACGAAUACCCAACUUGGAAUGGAAAUGCCUGCUUGGCAUUGCCUCGACGAGGCGAGACGGUAUUCUGCAAGGAGACCUUCGACGUCUUGUCGGUCAGGACCAGCGCUCCGUCCCGAAGCGAACAGAUUUCCUUGCUGAGAAAGGCUACAUCGUGAAGAGACCCCUGUUUGCUCAGGGGACCAAAACAAGCAAACUCUGGCUUACCGACCUGGCUCCCGCUAUGUUUCCCGGAGCGGAUGGAAGCGCUCCGACUAAAGGAGUGGAUAUGUCGAAGGCUGCCUUAACAAGAGACACCGAGCCAGUCUUUUGGCACAAGAAGUGGACGGGAAAGGACAUUGACAUUGAGGCCUUUGCUGAAGCUCUCCUAGCUAUAGUCAAGGCUUGGGGGGUAAUGAAAUAUUCGGACUUACGGUUGAAGAUGGGGCUGGAGGACCUUCGGUGGCAGAUGAGGGCUAUGUCGAGAAUGUGUCGGAAGGUGGCCGACAUGGGUAUCCUCAGAUACGUUGCGGCUACUUUCAUCGACUCCCGAAAAAUCUGGAAGGACUGCAUCAAAUUCAUUCGCGACCCAACCGAGGAAGAGUGGGAAACAAUCUUGGCCACGGGGAAGAAAACCUCAAAUCGGGGCACCCUCCCCAGGAACCUGUCAGCCCAAGCAAAUGCAGCUUCAACCAAUGCCAAGCCUUCUGGUACCCUCAAAUCAGCAGAGGACGACGAGGACGACGGAGAGGAACCCGACGAAGCCUCAGCCUCCCAGCCGAUACCCUCCGGCUGGGUACCGGAGAAGCCAAUCGUCCAUACUCUCUUUGAUGCCGUGCGAGAUGCUGGGCCGCGUGGAAUAUCCAACCCGCAGCUCAGCUCUUCCACUGUCGGCUACCACUUCCGACGCUAUGUCAGUUCAGCCCUGACCAAUUCUGCCAACAAUCAGCAGCCGGCACACUUGAAGAAGUUCCAGAUCAGCAGCGAACUCGUUCGGCAUGGCAAGACCUCCACCUACAUGUAUUCGACGAAACAGGCCAUUAGCUCACCGGGCGAGGUCGACAACGCUCAAGCCGAAUCAGCCAGCCAGGCCGAGGAUAAAGGGGGCGUUCCGAAUUCCUCUGCAUCUCCUCCCAUGACUCCUUCCUAUGGAUUUCGCACUAUCCAACCCCACGCCUUGGCUGGGGAGAAUGCCUCGACCUUUUCGGCUCUCAGCCAAGCGGCAAGAAAAGGGUGCCCCAAGUUUUCCAAACAGCGAAGAUUGCGCACGCCGGAACCUGUGUCUGCAACAGGCACCGCAGAUGGAAGAUCGCCUAAGCGCCGCCGCCUUGAGACUGAUGGAGCCACGAAGGAGGAAGAAUCGGAGAAAAUGGCCGAGAAGCUACCAGGCAAGCCACCUGGUGCUUAUAUUGGCGAACCUGGCUCGCUGAACCCUCGGCGAAGGAUACUAGGAAGGCCGAGGAAAUCGCUAGUCAUCAUCUUCAAAUCCGAGAAGCUGAAAUCUCCCGAUUACCUUAUCACUCUGCCUAUAACCACUACGGGAUUCAUCCCAGUCAACCAAGGCGGCCUUGAGGAUGGAGACAAGAUCAUGGCAGAAUAUGCCGACAUUACCUUUGGAGUUCAGUACAACGGAAUUGCUGGCGAGCUUUCCUUGCCUGGCAACGACCGGAAGCUCGUAUUCUAUAGGCAACCUGGAGAGACUGGCAAAGGGCCUUUGACCAUACCGCUCACUCACUUGCUUGAAGAUCCCUCCAUUCGGCCUGUUCCUGGAGGAGACGAUAAUAGUCUGGUCUGCACCACUAAAGGUGACGGCGACGAGGAAUCGUCCUGGACGUACAUUUUCGUCUUCAAGGAUGACCCCCAUAACCAUGAGCAGGCAGUGUCCCUUCGGGAUCGCGUCGUCGCAAUAAGAGCCGGAACCAACGCCGACGAGGCGCCGGAGGAGCCCCCGAAACCAACAACUGGCGGGCGUGGCCGUCCAGGAAAGAAGGCUGGUGGAGCAGGAAAACCCUUCAAAUGCGACAAGUGCGGCGGAGCCUGGAAGAAUGACAUGGGGCUCAAGUAUCACUUGACAAAGGCUCAAAACCCAUGUAAUCCCAGCUACGUUGCAGCCCCCGUUGUGGAUCGACCCAAAAAGCGUCGGAGGAUGCCAUCCUUAUCGCCUGAACCGGAGAAACAGCCAGGCUCUGGGGAUGGGCCAGCGACGCCAGCGGGGAGGAAUCGUCGGGGCCGUCUCCGUGCCAAACCAGUUACCCCCAAGGCCAGAGCAGCGCGCAAGAUAGCUCGACUCAUCCGAGGUGCAGCGCCCAAUUUUCGGGGGUUGGCGAUUGACGACGACCGGCCACGCGAAAGACACGAGGAACAGCCAAUUCUCAGCGAAGCGCCUCGGAAUGAGCCCAGGCCUUCGGUGCCGCUAGUUAAGCCCCCUGUAGUGGCACUCCCAGCCGCUGCCCUGGAAGCCGCGAAUCCCCAGGCAUCAAGUCCUGCCCUGCCGACGCCGGGCAGCCCGGUUGAACCGUCAGAAAAAAUAGAGGCUUCGUCUCCUCUUAUGAGCUCUCCCAAUCCUCCAGGCAGCCCAGUUCAGCCUCCUGAAAAAAUGGAGGUUGAAGUUGAGGUUGAGGUUGAGGUUGAGGUUGAGGCUGAGGCUUCGGUUGCUGUUAUUGGCUCUCCCAGUCGUCCAGGCACCGGAAACCCGCAGGAGCAUAUGUCUGAGGCAGCCCAGGACAUUCCCAGUGUCACACCAAGGCCUCGACCACCGAUACCUGCAACGGUGGCCCCUGUCACGCAGCAAGAAAUUCUUGAUCAUCAGCUGCCGGAUCCUCCACCAACAGAGAACCAGAUGACUCCCAAGCCGUUCAAGCCCAGGGCAGAUUACAGUCGCAUCUCUGUGGAGUCGAAAGUCAAAACCGUGCAAGCUCUGGAUAUCAUCGAAUAUUUGCUUGAGAGCAAUGGCGGUGUGUUCCCAGGAGACAAGGCCCUCUUCUACGCUGUGAUCCGAGUAUUCUUGAAGGAAUUCGGCGGCCAGAACCCGCCAACGCUUAAGAAUUGUAAGAUUGCGCUUAAGAUCCUCGAGAACAAGAAGAAAGCUCGAGAGAUAGGGCACGCGUUCAGGGAGAGCAGCGGACAGCUGGCCGUCAUCACCAUGCUCGUCAAGACAGAACUGGAUCCCUCCAGCAUCCUUCCAGCCGUGCUCAAGGGGAAGAUGCAGGACGCAUACCCGAACAUCUUCAUCCCGGCAGCCUUCUCGCCAUCAAAGGAAGAGCUCAGGAUGUUGCAGGAACUUGACAGGGAACCGGCCGACGCCGAGCGCAGCGGCAAGAAUGGACCAAAAUUCCGACAAAGGCGGGACCAGACUGGAGAGGUCGAGGUCCUGAGCGCACCGUAUUACUCAAAGGGCAAGUCCUCAGGGGCGGUCGAGAGGCGGUCACGGGAGGUCGGCGAAGGCGAGAGUGGGAAACGAUCGGAGCGGCAAACAACGAAGCGCCAGCGAGAGCUUGAUGCCGACGAAUUGGGUGAAAGGGGCAACGCGAAGAAAUCCAGGACGGACUCGGUCUCCCACCACCACUCGACAACGCCUCCCACCGCGAACAAUGUACGGCAUGCUGCAGUCGAGGCUGAAGGCGAAAAACAUGGUGGUUCUGGCAGUUCUGUCCCCACGACGCCUCCCCCCGCGGCAAACAUGGAACUCAAGCCCACGUCGGUGGUAGACGCGAUCAGAACGUUUGGUUUGCUCCCUGCUAAGAGGGGACCGAGGAAAGGGCACACAGCCGCCCCAAGAAAAUUGGCUGUGCGAAACAACCCAGGGCUGGACAGCUUACCGCCUGGCUUCUUCACGUUCGCUACCGACACUCUCGCCCACCCGCAGCCCCGUACCCCGCAUGUCCGGUUUCUCGAACCCAAUACGCACCUCGACAGCCACAAAGAGUCUGCAUCUGAAGAUGAAGACCUUCCUCAGACUCCAGAUACGAGCUCAACCGGUACACCACCGGAUACUAGCCCCAUUGAUCUUCCCGAGCGGGAACGGGGCGAGGGGUUUGCCUUCGUGCCAUCUACUCCGCUCAAGGAAGAGUCUCAAGGCGCCUGGCCCACCCUGAAACGACGGCACUUUAUUGAGGGUGGAAACCAGAGCUUUGUGCUGGAAGGCUCGCCUCCCGACCGCAACCUUAUUCUUUCCCAGUAUAUGCCGGCUGAUGUCGACGAUAUCAUAGCGAGGACCAAAGCCGACCCCGAUGGAUCGACCUCUUGGGCCGAUCCACUUCUAGGAGAGUUCUGCCAAAUUCUGGAUCGCAUUGAGGCUUGGGAGUUAUCGGAAGACGGCAAUGCCGUGCUCUCGGGGGACAUGGUAGCCCCUGACUGCAUCUACAUCAAUGUGUCAGCGCCCCCGGUGAGAGCUAGCAUGGCACCAGUCACGCCGGUGUGGUCAGCGGAGAACAUGUUUGAGAUGCAGACCCUACCUUACGACCUCAUUGCGGAGGGCAAGUUCGAGGACUGGGGAGCCCCUUCCCCAAAGCCGAGAGGUCGCCCUCGCAAAAAUUUCUCGGGGCCCCUUGCCAUGAAUAUCUCGAAGAGGAACGGAAGGAAGUCGGGCAAGGCGCUCCGUGUGGUACCUCUCAAUAAGAAUCGCUAUCUCACGGCGUAUCCGAAAUCGGCGGAUGAGUUCAUUGCGACCCAUGACAGCGACGAAGGCAAGGAAGACUGGUACAGCGAGUCUACAAGACUUUCGGCCUUUGUUUGUAUUACGACCCUCAUGGGCGGAGUCGGCCAGUCGGUUGAUUGGGGCUUGGUGCUGAGGCUCUUCCCGAAGAUGACUCUCUCAGGCCUUCGACGAUUCUGGAUCACGGCGCGGAAAGAGCAAAGGUCGAGUAUUACAAAUUUGACCCAGAAGUUCCGGAAGGAAUUCCUGAGGGCGUACGAGAACAACGAACUCCCGCCGAUCGACUACGAAAAUGUCAUUGCCUACGAUUGGAAGAUGCUGACACUCUGGACAAGGGAGCUCCUCAGUACAGAGUCGGUAUCCAUUCGCCUGCCUGCGUCCCUGGAAGAACUCGGCGAUCAAAAGUUGGCCAUAGUCGAACCGGCGCACAAAUCGCGGGAAUGGCGUGAGACCUACUUCAUGACCGUACGGUCUUACUUCGACAGGUUCCAAGACGCAAGCUCGCAAGCCAUUUCCAUUCCGAUCGAUGAUAACCAGGAGACCAUCGCGGACAGCUUGACCGCCGCCAUGUCUUGGAUCCGCGCUCUCUGCGUGACUCCGGUGCCGAGAUAUUCGUCCCAAGCCGUCAAGGAAAGGCUGAAUCAGUUGUGCGGAUUGCCUCAGGCCGAUAGAACGAGGCUCAUGGAGGACGCAUCCAUCCAGCUCCGGAAACUGGGCAUGAUUGCCAAGUCCACUCGCCAGUCCGACUACAACCGCAUCUGGAAGCUAAGCGGCCGCGUCAUAAAGGUGCUGGACAAGACGGCCCAGGAGGACAAGUUCGCCAGAGCCGUCGAGUUCAAGAAGGAGCUCGACGCCUGCUUCCGCGAGGGCCGCAAGGCGGUCGUCAGGUACGUGUGCAACGACGGCGCCAUCAUGGCGAUCCUCAACCUGCAGGCGCACCAGCGCAUCGGCGUCGAGACGACGGGCCAGCCGAGCGUGCCCAUGGGCUACGAGCCGUUCAACUACGAGACGCGCAAGUACCCCAAGCGGUACCACCACUUCCGCAUGCACAUGUCGCCGGCGGCCUCGUACCUCGACGACGCCGACCCCGAGCUGGCCGCCCUCCGGGCCCGCGUCGCCGCCGCGGACCCGCCCUGCCGCGGCCCCCGCGGCGAGAUCCCGCUGUGGUGCGACGUGUUCGGCCGCCUCGACAGGCCCCGCUGGUGCAAGUGCCUGGGCGCCGCGCUGUUCAUGCUCUCGUGCCGCGGGGGCGCCGGGGCCGCGGCCCUGGCGGCCGCGCUGCAGCCGGUGCUCAUGGCGUUCGAGGCACAGAUGAUACUCGACUGGGGCGAGGGGGUUGGCCUGCUGAGGCGCCGGGUUGAGGGGACGGCGCUGGCCCCGACUGAGUGGUGGUGGUUGGCCGUUGAGGCGCAGAGGGGGGAGGGGGAUCGGGGUGCUCCUACUGUUUCUGGUGUUGGUGACGCGGGAAAGGAGAGUGGCCCUUGUGCUCCCGGCCCGGCAGUGAGUGGCGCCGCUGGUGACGGCGUCAUGGAUGUGGACGGGUAAGGGGGGAAGUCAGUGGUACGAAGAAGCGAGAGUUUGAGUGCCUCUGGGCUCUCGCGUACCCGCUGGUUCAGAGCGAGCGGAAAGCUGGAAGAAA